AUGUCCGCGAGAGAUAUUCCCUGUUUAGAGAUGGAAGUUGGCAACCCCGACUCUCCGAGUCAAGCUGAAAUCAAUAAACGGCCAUGGAAGUACGUUGGCUACAAAGACUUUACCUCCUACGUUGCUUCAGACCCAGACCUCUUCGCUGUCCGGCGAUUCCAUGGGCUUCAUACCCGAGUAAUACUUACCCUCCAGGACCUAUUGGCGGAAAAGGAAGAGCAGCUUGAUGUAAUGGACAUUGAGUAUAGUUCAAAACACGUCAAAGCCGUGGGCAAAACGCCACCGGAAAUUAUCAGAAUUCCUCCAGGAGGCCUGAGCCCAGAGCAGGAAGCAGAACUUGCAGCCACGCACGGCGAAUACUCUACACCAAGAGACAUCAACAACGGUACGGUAAGAGACGAUAUGCCACAACGUGCAUCGCUCAUUGCCGAUAUCGCCCAGAAGCUUGAGACGUAUGACAAGCUCCUCCUCUCCUACUCCCAGCUAGCCGCUCUUGCCCCAGCCCCUAAAUGGAAUCUGAGAAACCUCCGGACCUGGUUCAGUAACAACCCCGGCGCCAUCAUGGAGUCCGAGAGCGCUUUCCUUAUGCACAACGAUGAGCUCAUCUCCAUCUGGAAAGAGAAGCCGCCCUUGCGCCGCUUGUUCGAGCAGUACUUCGUCUCAUCCUACGGCGAAGUAAUGGGCCUCUUCAAGAAGGAUGCCCGCCGCAUGGACUCACACGACCGCGCAACGACGUACAUAUACAGCGACACGGCGAUAGACAACUUCGCCUUUGUGGUCAUGCUGGCCACGACGCUGGUGAUGUUGAUUGCGCCCAUGUGGAUACUGCAGAACUUGAGCAGUGCGAACGGGAAGUUGGGCGUCAUUACCGCUUUUGCCAUUGUAUGGCUGGGGCUUGUGAGCUAUGCGGCGCAUGGGAGGCCGUUUGAGAAAUUGGCCGUGACAGCGGGGUGA